CCGACUCCAUCUGCCGUUGUCGAUUGCAGCAGAAGAGAGGGAGAUCUGCCGCAGCCCAUGAUUCCCUGCAGCAAGCUCCGCCGCCUCACGCGCAGCGCCGGCGCCGGCGCCGGCGAGGUGUCCCCGGAUUGGGCGUCGCUGGGCCGGGACCUGGUGGAGCUGAUCGGGUGGCGGGUGCUGGCCGGCGACCUGCAGGACUACGUGCGGUUCCGCGCCGUCUGCGCCCACUGGAGCACCAGCACCGCCGCCCCCCGCGGCCGCGGCGUCCUCGACCCGCGCUUCCACCCGCGCCGAUGGAUGAUGCUGCCGGAGGGCCACGGCCUCUACCCGGGCCACCCCGACCUCGGCGGCUUCGUCCGCUUCUUCAACCUCUCCACCGGCGCCUUCGUCCGCGCCCACCUCCCGCUCCUGGACGACCACGUUGUCCUCGACUCGGUCGACGGCCUCCUCCUCCUGCACCGCGACCACGACACCGCCAUCCGCGUCCUCCACCCCUUCACCGGCGACGUCGCCGAGCUGCCGCCGCUGGCAUCCCUCCUGCCGCAGAUAGAACCCGACAACUUCUACAGCGAGCUAAAUAAGCGCAGCAAACUCAUGAGAGUUUGCACUUCCAUCACCGCCAGCUCCACUGGGGCCAUCACCGUCAUGCUGGUGCUUGACCUCCUGCACCGUGUAGCCCACGCCACCACCGGCGACCAACGCUGGACUCUGUCUGCCUGGAAUCUCAAGCCUUUGAUCAAACCCGUGUCAUUCCAAGGCAAACUCUACGCAUUUCAGCCCAUUCUUCGCAUGCGUAAAGUAUACAUCUAUAAGAUUAAUCCACCAUGCCCAAACGCCAACGAGGGACCGUCUCAUCUUCCACUGCCAGAGAAGAUUGCUGAAUGCCCGUUGGGGAAAUUUAUUUACAUGCUGAACUAUGUAGAAUGCGGCUCGGAGCUCUUGCUAGUUGCCUACAGUGAUGCUUCUCAUUCAAGGCUGGUAGUCUGCAGGUUUGCAGACCUGGUCGGAGGAAAGAAUGAGCCUGUAACGAGCAUUGGAGACAACGCCUUGUUCAUCGAUGAACGUUGUCUCUGUGUCUCGGUCUCGCCUAACAAGGGCAGUAACAGCCUUUCUUCCAUUUCGCCUAACUCUAUCAUCUGCUGCCAUAGUUUGCCAGGCAAUCCUGGUUUUGUAGGGCUGGGUCGUUUUGGGCAAGACUUGGGUACUGGUAUCUGGACACCAGCCAGUGAUGGAGACAUUUGCCAAAGACCACCGCCUAGCCCCCAUACACUCAUCCAUCAUAUCUUGUUGCAAUCGCAGAUAUUGGAAUAAGGGCCUCAUGGUUUGCAUUGAAACAGAGCCUAUCUGGAUGGUGAAGCAAGAUCUGCGGCAUGCGGCUUGAUGGCAUCAUCUGAUUGGAACAGAGAGCUAUGCUCCAGUAUUGAGUUCUUUGGAUCCAGUUUAUGCCAACUAUAAAGGGUGUAUUUUCAAUUGAUAGAGAUGAUUUCAAAUCUGAGCUACUUUCAAAAGAAAAGGCUAUGCUCCAGUAUUGAGUUCUUUGGAUCCAGUUUACUAUAAAGGCUGUAUUUUCAAUUCAUAGAUGAUUUCAAAUCUGAGCUACUUUCAAAAGAAAACUAGCUGUAUUUUCAAUUCAUAGAGAUGAUUUCAAAUCUGAGCUACUUUCAAAAGAAAACUAUCAUUCGACUCCAUCACCUUUGAUGAAUUUCCAUUCAGAUCAAUGACUACUGUUCUUUUUUCUGAGGUGUUGUGCCUUGUCACCAGGAGCUCAUUGCCAGCAAUCAGACACAACAUGGCCAGUGAGCAAAUGCUACCACCAGAACUGGGAUUGCUGCUAGAAACUGCCAAGUCAUUGUCCCUUCUUAGUCGUAAAGAUUUCUCAGUGCUCUUAACCAUGAUUAUGGGCAAGCCAUUGUUACAAUGGCAAAGUCACAUUCGCCUUAGCACCUGAAUGCACAUAGUUCUAUACACAUAAUAUGUAAUAAUAACAAAGUCCAUGGUCCUAGUUUAGGGCAUUGAUCUGGUAGUUUACUCCUCAUUUUUACAAAUU